AAAUCAAUGUGUUUGAAUAAAACUUUACCUAAAAUGUGUCAGAUUGUAUUUGAAAUUUAUGAUAAAGACAAAUCGUCACUCGUUUUGUACGGUUUACGCGGUUUGCUCAGUACCCUAAUUCUUCAUAAAAUAUGAGAAUUGAAAUUUAUGAUAAAAGACUAUCUGGAGUGGUAAUGCUCUUGCCCCUUGCGCGUUUUGCGUCAUAUGACAGUCAAGUCAACAAUGAGUGAAGGAGAGCGAUUUUCAGUCGGUAAUCAAGAAUCAAAGCGAAGGAUUACAUCUUCAAACUUUGCUCAUAACGUGUUACACGGGUUUUCAGCUCAAGAAGUUGUUUCGACGUUGGAACCAUUGAUCCAAAGAUGUGUGCGAGACGAGGUUCAACGUGCAUGCCAAAGAUUUUUUUGUACAUUACCGAGAUCUCCUAUCAAUGCACUGGAACCAUGUAGAACAACGUCGCUGCAGCUUCGUUUUCAAACAAAGCUGCCAAACACAUUCUUCACUGGCAGUCGAAUAGAAUCAGAGGACAACACUCCUGUGAAACUAGUGUUGUAUGAUAUGAAUUCUAAGAAAAUCGUAUCAUCUGGCCCGUUUUCGUCGUUGAAGGUAAAUAUUGUUCCGCUUGAUGGUGAUUUCUGUGCUGAUGAUGAACAAGAUUGGGCGGAGAGUGACUUUGAUGCCAAAGUUAUAUGUGAAAGAGACGGCAGGCGACCACUGAUCACUGGAGAUUUGGUAGUUACUCUUGAAAAUGGAGUUGGGGAUUUAGGUGAUUUUUGUUUUACGGAUAAUUCGAGUUGGAGAAGAAGUAGAAAGUUUAUGAUCGGUGCAAAAGUUAAGAAAGAUACUUGUGUUGGAGCUAGAAUCCGAGAAGCUAAAAGUCAAGCGUUCGUAGUAAAAGAUCACCGUGGAGAAUCAUACAAGAAGCAUCAUCCGCCAUCUUUGGGUGACGAAGUUUGGCGUCUGGAAAAAAUAGCAAAAGACGGGGUUUUGCAUAAACGAUUGGCGUCUCAUCGCAUAUCCACUGUCAAGGACCUUCUGCAAGUGUAUGCAACCAACCAGCCCAUGCUACGCAAAUUACUUGGUGGAUCAUCUAACAAGACGUGGGACGCGAUAAUCAAGCAUGCUAAAGAUUGUGUUUUAGAUGACAAGUUGUACAUGUACAAAUGUGGUGCAGAUGGAAUCAUGAUUUUGCUUGAUUCCGUUUUGACCGUCGUGGGUGCAUCCUUUGAUGGACAAACUUAUUUGCCUCUCUCCGCGCUUGACAAGCCUAUGGUGGAAUCUUUAAAGCAUCAAGUUUACAGAAACUUGGAAGGGAUGGUACCAAUGGACACACAGUCUGUUUUCGGAGCCCCGGUGCUAAUGCCUAACCUACACCAUACCCCUCUUAAAACCGCAACGUCAGAUGAACUCGAAAUGCAAAUGCAAAUGUAUGAUGGCAGCAAUGACAUUCAUGUUCAAGAUCCUUAUUCUAUGCAAUAUUUUUCUCCUGCUUUAAGGAACAGUUUCAUAAUCAAAGAAUUUGGCGUUCAAGAUAAUAUUGAUUCGCAAAUUCUAUGGCAAGGAAAUAAUCUGCUCAUUGAUCCGAGUAACCAACAUAUAGAUGUCGUUUCCUCUGAUUUUGGGAUCUGUUUCUCGAGAAACGGGUCACCGAGGGCAAGGUGGUGCAAGAUUCGCGCUGCCCUCAAGUGGGGUUCAGUGAGGCGAGAUGUGGCUGCUAAAAAGAUGGCCGAGCUGUUCAUAUCUUGAUUUUUCGGUUUAGAGUUGUAGAUUGGUUGUAAUAAUACUGUCGUGUGGAUGGAUUUGUGUAUAUACGAACGAUCGCCACGACUUGAUCUUCUUUUGGGUUAUGGUUCUUGUAAAUAUUUCAGAUGUUAAUGUUAAGACAACAUAUUCACUGGAUCA